AUGGAUCCAUUCAAUGAAGUUAAAGAUGACGCAUAUUCAGUCAUUGACCGGCUAGAAUCACUCAUAGCCCAACGUAUCUCAGGGCGACCUCCUUCUACUGAACAAUCACAGGAUUUCGACAACAAUUAUGAAGAAUUGCAAGAGAUGCGUGACGACUUACAAAGUGCUCUAGAGCAAAGUGCCAAAGACCCAUCCCAAUUCAAUUUAACCAGCGACGAUAUUUCACAACGACAAGCCAUCUUACAGGAUCUUAAUCGACAGAUAUCACAUUUGCUUCAAUCGUGGGACAACAAGAAGCUACGUGAUGUCACAACAAUGUCCAAUCGAAUAAGCCAAGAUGAUGAAAAUCCAUUUAAUAUAGAUACUGACAGUGGUGGUGGUGGUACCACCAAUAUGACGUCAUACCAACAACAAGAAUUAAUUCAAGAGCAAGAUGUGCAGUUGGAUGAUAUACACAAAACAAUGAUGAACUUGAACCAACAGGCAACAAUGAUGGGCGAUGAAUUAGAGGACCAGGGGUUUAUGUUGGACGAAUUGGACUACGAAAUGGACCACGUUGGUAGUAAGUUGGAUAGAGGCAUGAAGAGAUUAAACAUUUUCAUUGAAAGGAAUAAAGAAAAAGCUAGUAAUUGGUGUAUCGGGAUCUUGGCAGUAGUGCUAUGUGUCUUGCUAGUGUUGUUAAUAGUAGCGUAA